AGGCAAUAAGGAUGGAAUUACAAAAGAGACUUGUCUUCAUCCAUAAAUAGCUCUGGAAGAGUCCAUCAGCAGCAGAGCAUGAGAAGGAGACACUAACAAGAAGCCACUUUCCCUCAAGUACAGGUCACCAUCAUGAUGCCCCCUCAGGUCCUCAUUUCAGGCCUCCUACUCCUUCUUCCAGCUACUGUGGAUUCUUUCCCAGAAGUGCAUGGAGUGGUGGGUCAGCCUGUCACACUACCAUGUAUGUAUCCAGUGUUUGAUGGAUUAGCAUCCAUGUGCUGGGACCGAGGUGAAUGCGCUUCUGAUACAUGUGGACAAACACUUGUCUGGACUGAUGAAAACGGAGUCAACUAUCAGACAAGCAGCCGCUACCAGAUAAGCACACAGCUUCUUCAUGGAAAUGCGUCCUUGACCAUCGAGGAUGCCUAUGAGAGUGACAGUGGUCUCUACUGCUGUCGGGUGGAAAUGAAGGGAUGGGAUGGUGUGCAGACCCUGACUACCUCACUGCAGGUUCAACCCGUUUGGACUACGUCUGUGACACCUUCGAACCACUCCUGGGAUAAUCACACUGAAGUGGUCCCAACAGAAACACCCAUGAAGAUCCCCAUCAGGGGCCUCUUUAUUGGAAUCUCUGUGUCUGCCUCGCUGCUGAUCCUUGCGAGCAUCCCAACUAUCAUACGAUGCAGACACAGAGAAAAGAAGAGGCCAGAAAGCAACUCUGAAGGCAGCUCAGUUUUCUUCCAUGCUUAUCAGAAUGGCGCUUUUCAAAGUACAGUGCAGCUUCAAGCCGAAGAUAAUGUCUACGUUAUUGAAGACAAUUUUCAUCCAAGCAUUAAAUCCCAGUCACCCUUGGAGAUGACAACAUUCCAAAGCUGCAGAAGAAAGUAAUGGGACUGUAACUGUGCUGGGCAUUCAUUAAGCUGCAGGGCUGUUUUCUGGGUCAGUUCAUCUCAUGUUUCUACUUCCCAGCAGUAGGUGAGAGCAUGACCUUGUAGCUGUUCAUAUGCAUGGUGACUGCUAAUAUAGUCCUCAUUCU